CUUCCCCACACUCCGAUGGGGGUUCUUGGCUUAUCCACAUUCCUGCGAGAGAACCGCCACAAACUCGCAAAUACCAUCUCAACCGACAACACAAAGCCCCGCAUUAAUGUUGUGGUAGAUGGGUGGUCCUUCAUUUACAACCUCCAUCGGAGUUCUGGUCUACCUUGGACCUAUGGCGGAGAGUAUCCCGCAUUCUUUCGCGUUGUUACUACAACUGUUAAUGCUUGGGUAAACGCUGGCCUCAAUGCCCAUUUCGUAUUUGACGGGCCUGCCCCCAGCCUCAAAUUCCCGACGCUCAUCUCCCGCCUCACGCAAACCAAUGUGACCAACUCACUCGUCUUUUUUAGAACUUCUGCCGCUUCCCGAACAAGUCGAUUUCUUCACGAAACCAGAAUCAUUCCACCCUUCUGUUACACUGCAUGUGUUGACUCGCUCGAGGAACUCGCACAAAAAUCAGACCACGUUGUCAUCCACCAUGCCGAUGAAGAAGGGGAUCCCUUUGCGGUUGAGUUGGCCGGCAGACUCGGUGCCUUCGUCAUUGGGACUGACUCGGACUUUGUGGUUCUGAAUGCAGAUGGCUACCUGGGCUACAUUCCUCUUGAUGAAAUGGUCUGGAACGUCCCAGUCGUCGAGGAGACUGUCGUUGUGGAAAAUGAAGAGUUCCAGCAGGUGCGCAAGCCAAAAUCAAGGAAGCCAACAAAUGCAUCGACAACCGGGCGGGGCAUUAUUCCACCAGAAGUCGACUCUGGGCUUUCGUUGACUCUUUCCGUAUAUACCCCAGCAAAGCUUGCAGCCCACCUCGACGUCCCUAUUCCACUCCUUCCGCUCCUCGGCGCUCUUGUCGGCAAUGACUUUACGAACCAAUCCUCCUCUCCCCGAAAAAACGUUCAACAAUUAUUCUUCGAGCGACAUCUAUCACUUGGGCAACGCAUUACACGAGUAGCAGCAACAAUUCAUACUAUCCUUUCGGCCUCUUCUCAAAAGGGAAAGCAAAAGCAAAUUGAGAGCGUCAUGGACCUCAUAGAUAGAACCGUGAACGCCCUUCUUGUCCGCUCUGUAUCGUCAAUGGGCUCGGGGGAGAUCGAAGAAGUAAUUGACAAGAUAGUCGAGGCCACGUUGCAAUAUGCACUUCCCAGAAACGAAGAUGGCCUUGUUGACCUUUGGCCAACAGACAUCUGUGCGCUACAUGAAGCGGAUCUGUGUCCCAUUUUGCCCAUGUUUUCGCGGCUGGUGACUGCAGAGGCCUUGAAAGAAGACAGAGAAAACGACGACGAACUGCUUAGACGCAACGACAUUAGAGGUCAAUACUUGACCGCCUAUAGACAAGGCCGCCUGCAUUCUAAGGUGCUGGACGUUUUGAAUACACAAACCUAUUGGCCACGAAUAUUUCUGGAGGAGCCUAAUCUGGAAACCGUCAGCAGGGUAAUGGGACGUCCCAUUCGCUUGUGGGGAUAUGCCAUACUACAUGACAGUCUUGGUUUGCCUUUGCGGCAGCCAAUAGAGAAUUCGGAGGUUGAUGAAGAGGAGGAGCGGACAGAGGACGUGGAGUCUGAAGCUGAUUCAGACGAGCUGGUCGAUGUUGUUGAAUCAGACUCUGAUGACGAGCCGCCUCGAAAAAAAGACCUGUUAGCUCCGCUACGGGGGGCAUUGUCUCGACUUAGCGGCGAUGAGAUGUCUGAAGCACCGCCAUCAUCACGUGCGGCAGUUCCGACGACUGUGGAUGUACUGCCGACGGUAACGGAAUAUCUCCGACGUGGAACCCGAAUCGCCGACGAACCGAUGGUUGUUCCGUCUGUUCGGGACUUGGUCUCAAGCGCCGGCUUUGAGUUUGAUGUCGGGACGGAACCAGUCGUUUUGAAGCCCGAACAAGACCGCUUUACCCUUCUGUUGAGGGUGCUUAGAUCAGACACAAGCGGCGUUCGUUCCAUCCCUCGUCAAAAACUGAUGGCUGCACUGUGUUUGCGCUGGGUGUUGCAGACACUUUCUGACCGGGCUCUGGAAAGCGGGACGAAGGAGAGAGAGAAAGAGCGAUGGACGAGACACGAGGCACGGUCUUUCCUCUCAGCAUUCACGUGGGCAGAUUCGCCCUCUCCCACAGCGCCGGAGACGUAUCCAGCCAUUGAGGAUCGCAACGUCCAACUGACGGCGCAAAUACUGGCGACACUGGAAAGCAUCGUCAAUCUUUCUCAGAUUCUGUUGAUCAGUGAGCGCCUGCCAUUGCCUGCGUCUUUGUUCUCCGGCAUGGAGUUCCACGCCUGUCUUACUGGUGCUCGCCCUACUAAUGUCUCCGAUGACUUAUGGGAUGCGUGUGUGUCGGACAUUUCGGAGACGUUUGGGGACGAGUUGAAGAAGAAAAAGAAACCUAAGAGGAAAGAGGUAGUCACGCCGCCGAAGGGCAGACCAGUCAAGGGACUGUUUGAUCUGUUCCUGCCUUCGCGCUGCACGGCAAACCCCAACUCUAGUACCUCCCCAACCGGCCCUCGGCAGUUAUGGCGACCAUUAAAACGACGACACCGACGCUUCCAGACUACAUCACAUAUCGCUACGCCAAUCGUCUGGUCUACGUUCGUCCAGCGACGACAUACGAUUCAGCGCUUGACAUCGCUCAGAAAGACGACUGUGAACAGGCAUGAGCCACGGGUCGUGCGAAUAUCGGAGAGUGCAUGGUUUGCAGCAGUUGCGCGGCAACUGUGUGGUGGAAUCAUCGACAUUCUGGUGUCACCCGACCCAAACUCGCCACCAACCUACCUUUCGGUUCCAGCGGAUAUGGAAAAAGAGGAGGAAGACAUACUGCGCCAGUCGAGGUCGACAUCACCCCCACCACCAAGACGCUCAUCACCUGGUAACAAGGGCGCCAAGCGCUCAUGGCUACCACGGAUCGGUUGA